AUGCAUGCAAGGCCAGAAAGCAAGGGGCAGCCAUAUGGCAUGGAGGCCUAUACGAGAAACGAGAGAGAGAGAGAGAGAGAGAGAGAGAGAGAGAGAGAGAGAGAGAGAAAGAAGAAGAAGAAGAAGAAGAAGGAGAAGAAGAAGAAGAAGAAGAAGAAGAAGAAGAAGAAGAAGAAGAAGAAGAAGAAGAAGAAGAAGAAGAAGAAGAAGAAGAAGAAGAAGAAGAAGAAGAAGAAGAAGAAAGAAGAAGAAGAAGAAGAAAGAAGAAGAAGAAGAAGAAGAAGAAGAAGAAGAAGAGGAGGAGCAAGCGGCACGAUGGUCGGAUAA